AUCAUAUAGAUACAACAUAAAGAGGCAUGAUUACCCUAUUUGCGCGAGUAACAUGUCGCCAGCGGAAGCCAUCAUUUCAAAUUAAGUCCUCCCAUGUGUUACAUGAACCCAUUGGAGUACAACAAACUAGACAUUUCCACCCAAUAAUCUAUUCAGCUCUUAGCUUCGGUGGCCGGAUUAGUGCGGCUCUACUAGGCAGGUCUAUGAGGAAAAAACUAUCUAAACUUCCCGAGUUGGAACAAAAACAGAAGAAGAAAUCGCUAUUGAAGUUUUUCGGGAUCUUGAGCGGUGCAUUAGUGUGUGGAAUGUCAGUGUCGUAUUUGAAGCACAGAGACAGAGUUUUGUUCACGGGAAGGAAGCGGUCUGUAACAGUUGGAGAAAAACAGAUGCGCGAAAUUGCCGACCUCACAGAGAAAGCUAUUUUGGAUCAAUAUGAAGGCAAAGUUCUGUCAGCCAAGUCACAGAUUCACCGUGUUGUGGAAUUAGCGGCCGCUAAAGUCUUACGAGCAAAUCGCGAUCUAGAAGCUGUCAGUAACAUACCCUGGAAACUCACGGUUGUUCAUUCACCAACCAAAAAUGCAUUCGUGCUUCCGAAUGGCCACAUCUUCGUCUUCACCGGAUUUAUUACAGAGUUCGUUCAAAAUGAGCAUCAGUUGGCUUUUGUGCUUGCACACGAGAUCGCACAUGUGUUGCUGAAACAUUCUGCGGAGAAGAACAGUCAACUGAGCUGGAAGUUGUUGUUCGAUGUGGCAGUGACUCUGUUGGCUUUUGUCGGUCUGGGCGAGUGGUCUGCUUCUCUACUCUCCAUCAUGGCAUCCUACUUCUACGAGAUGUUCUACGGAAAAUUGCAAUCAGAUGUUUCGUCUGUCGACAAUUUGCAGCUGGCGCUUGACCAGCCUUACUCGCGACUGAUGGAGAAUGAGGCGGACGAAGUAGGACUCAUGCUCAUUGCUAAGGCUUGUUACGACAUCCGAGAGGCUUGUGCCAUGUGGAAGCUAGUGUCUAUGAAGGUACAGGUGGAAGAUUUUGGCGGUGGCAAAGAGAAGGGCUCGUUUUUGAGCACACACCCCUCGUUCGAAACCAGAGCCAACAACCUAGGCCUCGCAAUGGAGAGAGCGAACCAUAUCAGAGCAGGAAGACACUGUGCUCCCUUGCAGUCCCCUGACCCUGUCCAGUCUGUGGAAAGAGUGAAACAAGAGCUGGAUAAACUGGGACCAGUUGCACCGGGCACCAAAGUGAAAAUACUGCAAGACGAGGUGCCUGGGCGAAAAGCUAUCAAACUCUAUCAAGUUUAAACAACUAAAGUAAUGGCUUAAAAUGUAGUUUCAUUGAAUGAAUUUAAUAAAAUAUGCGAUAUUGGUGGUUUCAAGAUAGAAAACAAAAGAAAAAACUUAAGCGAGCUUUAUAUCAGUUCUGGUGGACAUGGUAUCUCCGAAUUAAAUAAAUUGCCACAGUCGAAGUGAAUUAGUUGGAUUUGCAUUUCAGACACUUACUUAUGUCUUGUUUUUUAAGUAGUACAGUGCUGAUUUGAA